AUGGAAGGAGAAAAACUGCGCAAAGGUCCAUGGCUUGAAGAGGAAGAUGAACGACUCACAUCCUACGUAAAUCUAAAGGGGAAUCGGAGGUGGGAUGCUUUAGCGAAAGAAUCAGGUCUAAGGAGGAGUGGUAGGAGUUGCAGGAUGAGGUGGUUGAACUAUCUCCGUCCAAAUCUUAAGCAUGAACAUAUCACUGUCGAAGAAGAGAAAAUAAUCCUUCAUCUUCAUGAACGUUGGGGCAACAAGUGGUCGAAGAUUGCUCGAAUGCUUCCAGGAAGAACCGAUAAUGAGAUCAAGAAUUACUGGAGGACAUAUUUAAAGAAGAAAGAACCAAUUCAAGAUGGAAACUUCCAAUGUACAUCAGACAAAGGCCAGCACAGUCUUUUCUUUCAGGAAGGUGAUAUGAGUGCUGAAAAACAGUACAACUUUAAUCAACACCAUGACUCUGUUUCAAAUUUAUGUGGAGCCAAGGAUACUUGCUCUGAUGAUCUUGGUUUAUCGGAAUUUGCAUUGACAAAUUCUCCGUACGAAACCAGGUUAUCAGAUUGGAUAUCCGAAUUAUCAAGCGAACAAAGUGGAAUAAACUAUAAUCAGGACUGUAAUAGUGGAGAGUCAGAUUUGUGUCAUCAAACAUGGACUCCAGAUGAUAGCAAUAGAUGGGAGUGUCCAAGUUUCCUCUGGGACAUGAACUAA